UUGUUGGCAGGUCCUAAUCUUAAAAUGUUUUGACAGGCUCUUUAAAAUUUUAGAUUUUUGUCAUUGUAAGAGAAAAGAUUGAAGUUGAAGCAAAAAUAUAUUUGUAUUACUUGAAAUGCGUAUAUUACUGUGACUAGAUAAGUUAAACACCCACCGAAUGGAAAUAUAUGCUGCCCUCUAGCGGUCAGAUGCGUGAAGACUGAUUUAAAUCCAGUUUUCUACUUGGCGAGUCUAACCCUAACCUAAAUAAGUGAUCAGCUCAGUCAAAAUCUGUUUAUAACCGCUGUUUAUUAAUAACGUGGUGUGGCUGGUCUCUACUACCACCUAAUGUGUCAUUUGUUUAUUAAAAGCAAUGCAAGUUAUCUUAUUGUGCUUUGAGAGAGCAGGAAAGCGAGAUUUGUGAAAUUUUAACUCGUAGACAUAAAAACAAGGAACUGUUUUCGUAUCAGAUCAAAAUACAAAAAGAACAUGAAAACAAAUUAUAAGCAUGAAUACAGUCACAACUAUUUUUUUUAUUAAAAUCUACAGUGAAUAAAAUAUUACCGUGCGAGAAAAGUCGCACGCAGGGUUCAACAUUUCCUUUUACCUGCUGGCAGCUAGCUAGGUGCCAUGUUUGUUUACACCGGAAGUUGUAUUACACGCAUUUCCUUAGCAACGGUGCUUAACGGAGUCUCAACAUGGCAAAUUGUGCUGAAAAAUCGCUUUGGGAACAGGUUUGUGAAGAGUUUGAAGCCGAGCAUCCGUCCUCUCCCCAUGGGAAGUUGAGAGAAAUAGACCCCACAGCAGUAGAAAUUCAUGAAAAUCCUGUUACAGGUUACUUGGAGAGGAACGUGUUUCCAGUGUUACUGCAGGGUCUGGAGGCUUUGCUCGGAGAAGGCCAGAAAUACGGCUGGUUUGAGAGGGAAAAACCAGCAUGUGUCCCAUAUGUCUUCCUAAUUAAGUGGCUCUACAAUCACAACUCCCAACAACAGGGACGUGAUCCAGUGAACUUUCAUGACAUUCCCUUCGUCAAGGACUUCCUCAGCACCCACCCUGAACAUCACAUCCCUCGGUUUCUGCUGCUGAGUGAGGAGCAGGCUGCUGUGCUCAUCCAGGCAUUCUGGAGGGGAUAUAAGGAGAACUUUUGUCGCCACACAACCAGACUCUUCAGAGGAUGUUGGGGUCCAUCGGAGCAGGGGGGAGGCACGAGGGCUGACGGAAGAUGAGGAGAAUACUGAGCACAAAGGAGUGAGGUGGAUGGAGAGGGACAAAGCAUUGGUGUGUUGGAGAAUCUCAGGAGGAGCUGAGGUGCUGUUAUGAGACACCCAGGGACUGUUAAAGGACAGGAGAGGGAAAUAAAAGAGCCUAAGGAGAAACAGACAGAUGUAAGAGGAAGAGGAAGAGGAAAGAGGCAUGUCUAGUGAGAAGAGAGAGCUCUUCAGGGACAUUUUCUUUUCAUCUUAAAUAGCAAACAUGUUUAGUAAUCUCCCAGUAAACCCAGCAGCCCCCCACACAAACACAGCAACUGCAGGGCUUUCCUCCAAGAACAAAAGCGUAAGUCAACUCCAACACGGGCAUGGAGUCGAAUCACGGCAGCUUACCCAUGCUAGGACUACAGGGAUUUAUUCAGCCACCCACAAUGCAGACACACACACAAACACACUCAUUUAUGCACUAGAGUCUCUCUCUCUCUCUCUCUCUCUCUCUCUCUCUCUCUCUCUCUCUCUCUC